CACAGAGUCGAGCCUACGCUGGUCUGCCACGACGGAGAAAGUGUGCAGGGAUCACACGUGAUGCUGGAAUGCGGCAGCUACGUGCUUCAAUGGCGCUGUGAGCUACUAGACUCGGCUCAUCGCGCUGCGCAGCUGGUCUACUUCCACGAGACGCUCGCCAGCCACCACUACAAGGGCUCCAUGUCCAGCCUGCAGUCCGGCACGAGCGGGUUCUCGUGCCUCAGCGGCAAGUCGGGCGCCAGCUCGUGCCCGUCGCGGUGAUGCCCCCCCCGCAGCCCGCUCAGCCCCCCCCUCGAGCGAAGCUAGGCCCGGGGGGGCGCGCCCGCCAACUACUACUGCCAGAGGUCUAGUAAAGUGGUCAGUAAUGGCGCCCUAAAAGAUUUGACAGAUGUACUGUGAAGUGUUGCGAUGAUUCUUUAGUCUGUGACGAAGGGGCGGGGCUUAGCUCAGCCGUUUAACACUGUAAAUAAUUUAACUAGCUUUGCGCGCCC